AUGGGUUUUGCAGUUCGUCAAGUUGUUAACGUCCUCCAAAAAGUUACGAAAAUUAAGCUGCCCAUGUUCGUUGUCGACCUUGAGCCAGCCGUAAUCAACAAAGAUAUAUUUCACGUAACUUCAUUGUUACACACAAAAGUUAAAAUUGAAGAGCCUCAUAAACGCAAUGACAUAAUACAAUGCUUGAACUGCCAGGAUUAUAGCCAUUUAAGGAAGUAUUGCUCGUAUUCUUCAAGAUGUGUUCGUUAUGGUGAUAACCACCCCUCUACCACCUGUAGUAAAACCAUCUUUACGCCCACCAAAUGUGCCCUGUGUAAGAGUGACCAUCCGGCCAACUAUAAAGGUUGUCAAAUAUACAAGGAUCUUCAACGACUCCGGAAACCCGCCUCAGAUAUUCAUGAUAAAUAUCAUUAUAAUAAAAAUAUUGUAAAUAAUGUAAAUAAUACUAACUGUGACGCCACCCAACAGCCUACUUUCAAUAAUCAUACACCUCCAAAACUUUCUCAGACAUACACGCAGGCCGCUCAUACGAAUAACCUUGUUCCAACUUCUAAUAACCAAAUUAACGAUAACACAUUUUCAAAUUUUCUUAAUGAAUUUAAAGCACUAAUUAAUCCUUUACUUUCCCUCCUAACUACAGUUCUCGAACGUCUUCUUGCAGAAAAUGUCAAGUAA